CCUUUUUUGGCUCCCUCCCCCUGAGUGCACUCUCUCUCAGUCGGAAGCCCCUUUAAAAUGGCCUGAAGGCGCCUUUUCUCUCACUCACUUGAUCACUGCACGGUUCCUGCGCUCUAAACUCUGUAUAUUUCUAUUACACCGCGUUCAGCUCGCAAGAAAGAGAAGAUGAGCGAGACCGCUAAGGACAAGGGCGCCGUCGCUACUAAAGAGAAGGGCGGAGCAGAGAAGAGAGGCAGAGGGAGACCUCGAAAGAUCCCACAGCAGCAGCAGGAGCAGCCCAGCGGUUCCCCGUCGCCGAAGAGGCCCAGAGGACGACCAAAGGGAAGCAAAAACAAGACAAGCUACUUUGCACCAAAAAGCAAAAAAUCAGCUGUUGCGACAGCAUCUGUUGGGGGAAAACGCAGAGGAAGACCCAAGAAAGCAGAGAAAGAAGAGCAGCCAUCAAAGUCUUCUGAGGAAGAGGAGGAGGAAGAGGAGGAAGAAGAGGGACAGUAGAUCAGCAACUUGGCGCUACCUCAUACCUCUAUCUCAUCACUUCCCUUUUGAAAAGAAAAAAAAAACAGAGCUGGACUUUUUUUUUUUGCAACCUUGCAAAAAAAAAAAAAAAAAUAGACACAGAACCCGAACGACCCAGAACCCCCCCACCCCUGCAAACGGACUCUCAAAUACUGUACGUGUGUGUGUGUGUGUGUGUGUGUGUGUGUACAUGCAUGCAUUCUUGCUCGCAUGUCGAACACAAACACUCUGUGUAUCUGCUCUCCGCUCACGUGUCAUUAUACUGGACAAAGAUUUCCUCUGAUGCAGGUUUCAGAUCAUUGUUUUGAUUCUGUUUUUUUUUUUCUCUCGUCGCUUUUAACACAAACAUUCAGAUGUUCACAUGCACUCUGGACAAAGGUGAAUCAACCUACUUUUAUUCCGUGCGUCUGCGUGUGUGUGCGCGCGCCCUUGUGUAAUGGGAGAGGUCAGAACAUCCAGGAUUUUUUAUUUUUUUUUUGGUUUCCUUUUUUCCUGGUUUUCUUCUUUUCAGUAGUGUGUGUGUGUGUGUGUGUGUGUGAGACGCCAAUUCAUGAAUUCUUUAUCUCUGCUCGAGACGGCGGAUGCUUUUAAACUUUUACUCCUCACUCAUUUCGUUUUUCAGAAAGAUUUUAAAUUUUUGCAAAGGAAUAAAAAGUGGGCGGAGUUAGACAGUGCUUCAUGAGCACGGUUUCAGAAAUGGAAUUAUUAUUAUUAUUUUUUUUGGUCUUUUGUCUUGGUUUUUUUUUUUUUUUUUGAGACCCGUAUCUUUAGGAAAACAAUAAAGUAAGGAUAUGGAGCUAAAAUUUCUCUUUCCCCUCUCCCUUCCAAACCCCCACCCCCUGCCCCAAUUUAUUUACACUCAUCCUUCAUCAUUCAGGUCACUGAACACGCAACAACGCACAAACCGGUUCACGAACACUUAGACAGUGAUAGCGGACGACACGUCCUCCUGUUUUGCGUCUGCACUGGGACACAAAUCACAUUCGCAAGACAACCGGACUAGACUUAAUCGUCGUUGUUGUUGUUUUUUCUUUUUUAUUUAAUUAGUCAAUAAACAUUUCAUAUUCAAUUUCAUCCCUCAUGAAUAGAACGAGCUCCCUUUUGUUCUCCACAGGAGGGCGCUGCUCACUAACUACAAUCUGCUUUCUCAUUUCCAUUAAAAAAUUAUUAUUAUUUUUUCUUUUCUUUUCUUUUUUUUUUACACAAAACUCAGUCAGGGAAUGCCGAUUGGUCCAGAACUUUAAUGCUGCUACGAACACGGUUAAUAAAAAGAAAAAAGAAUUAAAAAAAAAAAAGUAAACAAACAAAAAAAAAAAACAACCCGGAAUACUGCAACGUCACACUCAUACCUCACUCUGUGUCAGUUUAGGACGGCUUAAUGUUUAAAAAAAAUAAAAUAAAAAAUAAAAUAAAUGUGUUAAAAAAAAAGUGCAGCUUCUGUUUGGCAAGUGUGUGAGCAAACUUUAUUUUAUUUUUUUUUUCCUUCUGUUUUCAAAAAUUUUUUUUUUGCUGUUCAGUUUGUCAUGGAGUUAGGAUCGUGUGUGUGUGUGUGUGUGUAACAGUAGGACUUCAGAGGUUUUUAGAGAACUCUUUCAUAACGGCGUGCACUUAAGUGCACAUCGUGGAACGUUUCUUUUUUUCCCCCUUCUACCUGAGACUGUAGACGCCCCACAGGAUCGGCUGUGUUGGGACGGAGAGAGAAAAUACUGUCAGCUUUUUCUUAAAUGUUCACCCUGUGUGUUUGUGUGUGUGUGUGUGUGUGUGUGUGUGUGUUACGCAGGUGUGUGUGCAGACACUUUUUCAAAUAGUUUUGGUGCAACUAAUAAGUGAUUUGUUCAUCAAAUUAUACACCUUUUAAUUGGAAUUGUGGAAAAGUUUAACGUUUAACUGUCGGUCAGAUUUCAGAUUAAGAUGAAGAUUUAAUUCAUUUGUUGUCAACAGAUUGUGAACAUCCUGCUUUAACCUCAACUUUCCCCUCGGUUCCACUUCCUCAUUUACACUUUUGGUACUUUGCUGUUAUACUUUGUGUGUGUGUGUGUGUGUGUGUACGCCUGCACAUAGAACUGGUUUGGGAUCAGUCUUACAAUAUACAAACUCUCUCUUCUUCUUUUUUUUUAAUUUUUGGUGGCCUGCAAGUAUUUGUAUUCAGACUGGUAAUAAAAUUAAUGAUUCCUA